GUGACACAUGGCGGCGUCGCAAGAAAGAGACUCGAGUGAGCUGGAGAGAGAAGCAAAGCGACUGAAGACAGAUUCAUGUGAUUCCUGUGAUUUUCCUAAAAAUGAGUCCGCUCGUGAGAGCCCCAUAUCGGGCUUUGAGACGCGACGGAUUCUGCGCGACUCUGCACGCGAGAAAAAUAUUUUCGUCCACGGAAAGAUUGACGACCAGGAGGCUGUUGUCAUAUUAGAGAAAACGCCAAUUAGACAAGACACACUGCCAGAAAUGUUUAAGACCAGCACGCUCAGACUGGAGAUGAGAAAUGACAUAUACAGCACAUACAACCUCCAGCCACCUUCUCAUCUGAAUGAAAUCAAAACCACCGUGAUUUGCCCAGCGACAGAGAAGCAUGUGAAGAAAUAUCUCCGCCAAGAGACCUUCCUCAUCGAAGAAUCUGGGGACGACUACCGGAACAUCACUCUUCCUUACAUCAGCAGCAAGAGUUUCAGUGUCCAGUGGGUGCACAACAUUUUGGAGAAGAGGGCUGAGGCUGACAGGAUUGUUUUUGAAGAUCCAGAUGCUCAUGUUGGUUUCGUCCUGCUGCCAGAUUUCAAAUGGGACCAGAAGCAGCUUGAUGACUUGUAUUUGAUAGCCAUUGUACAUCGAAGGGACCUAAAGAGUUUGAGGAGUCUCACAUCAGAGGACCUCCCGUUAUUGAGAAACAUCCGUGAAAAGGGACAGGAGGCCAUCCAGGAGCGAUAUGGCGUCCCAGCGUGCAAACUGCGUGCGUUUUUGCACUAUCAGCCGUCUUACUACCACCUGCACGUGCACUUCACCUCGCUGGACUAUGAGGCCCCUGGCUGCGGUGUGGAGAGGGCCCACCUGCUCUCCGACGUCAUCCAGAACCUGGAAGCCGACUCCGCCUACUACUGGAGCCGCUCCCUCUCGUUCCCCUUGCGGGCAGACGACGCCCUCCUGCUGAAGUUCAGAGAGGCUGGCAAGCUGUAACCAUGGUAGCGGCCUGCGCACGCCUGCCCAGCUGGCAGCUUGGGGGUUUGUGUGCUGUGCAGCUGUAAUGGACCUCAUGAGGCUUUUUCUCCCUCUACCAAGAAUUAUUUCUAAUAUUCUCACUGCUUUGUACUGUUGCCCAGGAGAAAUGAAAAUAGAGUAGUUAUAGAGUCCUGCUUGUGUUUCUCGUUCAUGUCUUUACUUUUAUAUUGAAACAAAUUUGUUUUUUUUUUUUGUUUUUUUAAAUGGAAGUUGUUUUUACAUCUUUGAGCAUAUACCAUUUUAAUAAAAUAUUCACUGAUGCUUC